GAAAUAAUUUGUGAUUUUUGUCUUUUUAUUUUUCUUUUCUUUUCCUUUUUGUUUUGUUUCCUUACAAAUCAUCAAUAAGACAUAUUCUACCUGAAUACCUCCUCAUGGUAAACAUUUCCUCAAAUAACGAAAAUCUUAUCAUUCGUUAGCUCUUCUACCUAUUCGAACCAAAACUAAUUCCCUCUUCUUACCUUUUACAUUAAAAUUUACUGCAUUUCUACACCGGCGGUAGGACAGUAUCACAAGAAAAGACGCGAUCUAAAGAGACAUCAAUCAUUCACGGCUUGCUUGAAUCCCUUUAAAGUUGCGUCGUAGCCAAAUACGGCGCCUGUAGUGUAGGAUAAGCCCCACCCUCCUGUCUUUAUCGAAAAAGUUAAGGUUGGCACCCCCCAAUCUUAGCAACAUUUUUACUUAGUGCCCCCAUCCUCUGGUUUUAAAAGCCCCCCUCCAGAUUAUUGCACAAGCCCUUGUUAUGAACCCUGAACUAACUUAGACUUUUACAAUGUUCUUUUCGUUUUACCAUCACGUUCUUUCGAUUGCCGAAAAUUUUCUUCCCUACUUUUGCGAAAAUCAUAUGGUUAAACUUCUUUUUAAAUUUUGCGAAAGAUUAAAAAAAAUUCGUUGAAUGAAUGUCAGGUCUCCGUACAUAAUGUACGCUUACUCAAACCUUAAAAUUAUAUGGAGUUGCCCCCCAGAUCCAUCAUAAACACCGCUAUAGCUUUUCGAAAAUCAGCCGAAUAAAAUGUACGCUUCAUGCACGCACGAUGGUGAAAUGGCAGAUUAUAGAGCCACUAUUAAAAAAAGCAGGCAAGUGCUCUGGCACCUGUAAAAACCCGUGACGUCUCUAGUCUCGCGUCCGGUUUUCUAUUGACCGACAACAGGUGUGUCAUCUUGGACACAAUUACUUUAGAGGCUUUCCACUCAACACCUACUUGAUCAAUUAUUAAUCAAAACAUUAUUCGACCAGAAAAAUGGUCCACGGCGCCAUUUAAAUUUUGUGUUUAUGUUUAUAUCUCCUAAGUCAUGAAGUCAAAACAAGCGUACUUAUGUUUCUAUGUGGCAAUAUCAGUAAUUGUAUUAACUAGCUGUGAAGAUAAGGUAGGGAAUAAUGAUUCGAGAGGGAAACUCUUGAAAUCUGAAGUGCUUGAUGAUGAUCUACUUAAAGACUCUGCGACCGCACAAUUUGACGCAAACCCCAGAAUAAUCAACGACUCUAGUUCUAUAUACGCGGAUGAGCAGGGGGACAUUUCACCGGACAGGGAAUUGGACAUAGCCCGAACACAAGAUUUGGGGUAUCAAGAGGCGAGUAUGGCCUCGGUCGAUGGAGAAGCUGUGGAGACCUUGGCGAGUAGGACACUCGAGGGAUCUUCAGACAAAGAUGAGGACGAAGAGCUUAAAGAGCUUGACGACUCAGGCGACGAUAUUGAUGAUUCAGGAAUCAAAGGUUUUCAAAACAUAACCGAUAUCAAUGAUAAUGAAGAAAAUCAGGAAGGGACUCGGAACGCGGAGGAUCGACAAGUGAUUGGAGGACCGAUUGGGUCUUCUGACCAUGUUCGGGUCCCAAGACCAUAUCCAAGCAUUCAUGUCCGACUUCCGACGUACCAUGUAGUCCCUAAACUUGUCCACGUGCCGCAUUAUAAGCCGAUCCCGAUGCCCGUGAGAUACGAGAAGCAGUUCGGCGUGGACACGCCGUAUUACAUGCCAUACAAGACGGGGCCAGACAUCACGGAGACGCAUCUGGACGUCUAUCAACCCAUAAACCCGUGUAAAAAUGGAGGAAUACUGAUAAGAAAGCAAGACGGAUUCAACUGCCUGUGUCCACGAGAUUUUAUUGGACGUUACUGCGAUGAUAAGUUGUACUGCGCCUCUAGUCCGUGUGAGAAUGGAGGCACGUGUGACGAAAUCUCCAACAACUACCGAUGCCGCUGCCCGAAGGGAUUCAAAGGAUACAACUGCGAAGAUCGUGAUGAGUGUGCUUUGUCUCCGUGCAAGAACGACGGCACGUGCAUUGAGACGGUGUCGGGCUACAAGUGCCUCUGUCGACAUGGGUUCACCGGCGACGUCUGCCAGUUUCUAGACUACUGUGACCCUAAUCCUUGUAGACACGGAGGGGUCUGUGAACAAAGUCAGCACGAGAGCUAUCACCAGUGUCAGUGCCCCCCGCACUUUAAGGGCUCGCUAUGUGAAUUUCACAGAGUCUGUUUUGCCAACCCAUGCCGAAAUGGUGGAAAGUGCGUCGAGGACCGUCUCCCACAUCCGUGUAUUUGUCCGAGUGGAUACAAACCACCUUACUGCAGAGACCACGUGUGCGCGUCGAGCCCCUGUUUGAAUGGCGGGAAAUGCGUGGCGCGAAGGUCUGGGUACGGGUGGACGCACAAGUGCAUCUGCUCGCUGCUCUACCGCGGGGAAAACUGUGAGAUUCCCAACCCCUGCGUAACCAGGCCUUGUCUAAACGGCGGAACAUGCAUCGACAGCUACAGCGAUUACACAGGGUUCCCAGCGGACUGGAAUGCAGCUCAUUUACAUUAUAUGUGCCUUUGUCCCCCGGAUUACAACGGGCCCAAGUGUGAAGAUUACGUUUGCAUGCAGUGCGACCCGAAUGCGACUUGCUCUAAUGGACAUUGCUACUGCAAGCCUGGUUUCUAUGGAAACGGCUACAGGUGCUAUCAGCAAAGAAGUUCAUGUAUCCCCAAUCCUUGUGAAAAUAAUGCAACAUGCACCGCGGGGCCUGACGGGAGCUUUGACUGCCAUUGUCCCCCAGGCUACGAACCGCCACUCUGCAAAGUGAAAGACGUCUGUGUACCAAACCCUUGUAAAAAUGGCGGCACUUGCCUCCGGGAAACUGUGACGCAUGCAGGCCACGUGCACCACCUCGCCCACUUUAGGUGUAGUUGUCCCCCUGGAUUCCUACCACCAGACUGCAACAACGUCACUGAUGAUAGUAGUUGUAAUCCUAAUCCAUGCCAAAACGGAGGGACUUGUGUAAAAUCGGACAAGUCCAGUACUGGUUACGUCUGCAAUUGUCCGCCAGGAUCGUACUUCAAGCCUCCGCUAUGUGAGUGCAAAUGUCCGAAAGGUGACAUGACAGCUAACCCACCAGCCUACCCGUCUAUGUGCGAUGCUACCGGAGACAGGUGCUACUGCCCGUCUAUACCGGGGAGAAAGGAGUUCGAGUUCACAGAGCAACGAGGAUGCGUUGAACAACGAACCGACCCUUGCCUGAGUAAUCCAUGCAAAUAUAACUCGAUCUGCAAAGCUCAAGAAAACGACUACAAGUGCGAAAACUGUCCUCCACAUUGCAAGGGAAAGGACUGCUCAGAUUGUGAAGUUUGUGUCCAAGGCUAUUGCUAUAAUGGCGGCACAUGUGUCGCGGUUGGUCUGCAACCCUUUUGCCACUGCCCACCGGACUUCCUUCCGCCACGAUGCACGCGGAACGUGACAGCUGUAGUCAAUCACUAUUGUCAUCCCAACCCUUGUCAAAAUGGCGGACGGUGCGAGGAGAGAGACGAUGGCUACGACUGCCACUGCGUGCCGCCCUUCCAAGGACCUCACUGCGAAAAGGAUAAAUGUAUGGAGUGUGAUAUCCACGCCAUCUGCUACGAUGGUAACUGUAAGUGUCGUCAAGGUUACAGGGGCAGCGGCUACAAGGGUGACUGCAUAAAAGCGGAGAGCAAGUGCUUCAUGUGUCCUCUUAACGCGUACUGCGUUGAUGGAGACUGUGCUUGUAUCAAGGGAUAUCACUUACAAAAUCAUAGCUGCGUUAAGGUCUAGUGCUGCGUCCCAUAUGAGACGAAUGUGCACAUCGAUCUGCCCUGUGCUUGACGAACGUGCUUGUAUCAAGUAUAACUUCACAGAAUAUGUUUACAUGUGUAUUCAUAACAGGCGUUGUAUUAUGAUUGUGUAUAAUAAUUAUUGCUUCUUGACAUUUUUGUACGCAUUAUACAGUGCGAGCAUCCACGUAGUUUACGGUUUUAACAUUUGAUCAUGGUCUUGAAUAUCUUUUGAAUUACCAAGAGAUGCCAGGGCACAAAGGAAAACCCCACUUAUGUGAAAUGAUAUUAAAAAUUAUGUACACCCGAGAGUAACUUUUAUAUCAAGACUGUCAUGUACAUCGUAAAAAGAUGUUCUAAAAUUAAGAUUUGUAUGUAAAAUAUUCGUUUUACGGUCAACUGUAUAUGAAGUCAUAUCAUACAUGUUUAGCAACCAGGUCAAUUAAUUUUUUUCAAUAAAAGUAUCAAUGAGGAAAAAAAACAUUAAA